AGUAAACAUUUAAGACUCUACGCCGAUCGUGACAAAAUAGGGAGUAUUUCCUGCUUCCUUGUUUGUCUAUUGCAUUGUGAUGACAUUUUUAGGUGAAAUGGUCUUCUGCUUGGGGGAGUUGAAGCUGUUUGUGGAUAAUGUUACGACGUUCCCUAGUUUUGUCAUAUUUAACUGUCAGGUGAAAGUGAAUGGGCCUAAUGCAGCACCUGUUUAUAAGUUCCUUAAAGCAAGCAAAGGCGGCUGGUUCGGCUCCCAAAUCAAAUGGAACUUCACUAAGUUUCUAGUUGACAGAGAUGGGAUUGUAAUCAAGCGUUAUGCAACGUCUACCUCACCAUUGGCAACCGAGGGUGAUGUAAAGAAAGCCUUGGGAGAAAGUUGAAAGAGGAUGUGAUAACUCAAAGGUGCAGCAAACUGGGUAGAUGUGUAUUUAUCUAACUUUUAUUCUGUAUUGUACUUGAUCAACUUUAUGUACCAAUUUCUUGUGUUUUUUUUAUCUGUUCACUGCUUUGGUUUA